CUUUUUCACACAAAUCCUCAUAUCUCCUUCACACCGUCCAAUUUUUUUUCUUCCUCCGGUUGUUCUCUCUCCAAGAAGGCUUUGCUAGGGUUUCUUUGCUUUGGAUCUUCCUCGCCAUUAGCGUUUGUUUUCUUUAGUUUGUAUUUCUCUGAAACGAAGAAACAAAGCGUGGAUGUUGUAAUGGAGACCAAAGGUGGCAAGAAGAAGUCUAGCAGUAGUAGUUCCUUGCAAUACGAAGUCCCCCUUGGUUACAUCAUUGAAGACGUUCGUCCAAACGGUGGCAUCGAGAAGUUCCGAUCUGCUGCUUACUCCAACUGCGUGAGGAAGCCAUCCUGAUACGUUUUUUGCAAAUGCCUUCUUCGGUAGAGUAGGAUUUUCUUGCUUUCUUUUUUUAAUUUUGGAGUUUCAAGAAUAAACACAAGUCUCUGGCAUAGCUGUUGUUUGAAUACGUCGUUGAUCUCAAAGCAAAUCUGUCAGCCAUGGCCGUCUUGUACGGAACCACCAAUGGGGACCCGCCUCCCCCAUCCCCAAUCGGAUUCGAAGGAUUCGAGAAACGCCUCCAGAUCACUUUUUCAGAGGCACCCAUUUUCAUUGAUCCUCAGGGACUCGGCCUCCGAGCCCUGACUCGCUCCCAACUGGACUCAAUCCUUGACGCCGCUUGUUGCACUAUUGUGAACCAUUUAUCCAAUUCGGAGCUGGACUCGUACGUUCUCUCCGAGUCCAGUCUAUUCGUUUAUCCUAAUAAGAUCAUCCUCAAGACUUGUGGGACGACAAAGUUGCUUUUGGCCAUUCCACCGAUUCUUCAACUCGCUGAGUCACUCCAGCUCACCGUUGUCUCUGUGAAGUACUCACGUGGCAGCUUUAUUUUCCCAAAUGCCCAACCUGCCCCUCAUCGCUCUUUCUCAGAAGAGGUCGCGGCUCUCAAUGUCUUCUUUGGAGAUCUCUCCCCCAAGGCAUAUGUCAUCGGCGAUCCCGCCAUUCCAAAUCGCAACUGGCACAUUUACUCGGCGUCGAAGGAGGUGCGCAGAUCUCCGUUGGUGAGAGAAGAGGUGGCUGUGAUCACUGUGGAGAUGUGCAUGACUGGCCUAGAUAGGGACAAGGCCUCCGUGUUUUUCAAGAAAUCGGGAGAGGAGGACUCGUCAAAGGAAAUGACGAAACUGUCCGGAAUAAGUGACGUGAUGCCCACGCACGUGAUAUGUGAUUUCGAGUUCGAUCCGUGUGGGUACUCGAUGAACGGUGUGGAAGGCGGAGCAUUGUCGACCGUCCACGUCACCCCGGAGGAGGGGUUCAGCUAUGCCAGCUAUGAAGCCAUGGGGUUCGACCCUGGGUCGGUGGGAAUGAAGACGCUGAUGAAGAGGGUGCUGGCGUGCUUCGGCCCAUCCCAGUUCUCAGUGGCGGUCACGUGCCCGGCGGGUGACGACGAAAGGUGGGCCAUGGAGGGGUGUGGUGAGGUGGAGGGAUACGCGUGUCAAAAUGUGGUGAAGCAGGAGCUUUCAAGCGGAGAAGGGUGCGUGGUGUACGUGACAUAUGAAGCGGAGGAGAAGGGGUGCGCAGUUAACUCACCCAAGUCGGUUCUGCAAUGCUGGAAGGAUGUGGAAGUGGAGGAGGGGGAAGGUGAGGGGUGGGUGUCAGUGUCUUGUUGAGUGUGUGAGUUCGGUCAACUUUGUCUUUAGUGUUUUAAUGUUUUGUGAAGGGCGUGUGUUAUAGAUGAAUAAAAAAGGGGGUGGCCAUGGUGCCUGCUCUGCUCUAGUGUUGGCUUGGUAAUUGAAGCUCACCUGUGAGGCUAUUCAAAAUUCAAAGGCAUUAGUGCUUUGCUCUCGAUUCCUGUCAUUUCUAAUUUUAUGCUUUCCCAGUUUUCAACAUGAAAUGGAAUUGAUAUAUGUUUAUGAAA